GGUGAUCACGCUGGUGACUAAAAACUGUAGUACGUCCCUGACAAUCGCUGCUUCAACAUUUCAUCUCAAAUAAGCUCAGGGAGAUGAUAGGAACUGACACAGCCAGCCACCCUCCCCUCUCACCCGACCAAGGCGAGCCCCUAACAGCAUCACCGACAUGCCCCGCAAGGCAGAACGCUCUUAGUCGGUGAGGCCAGUCUAUGUUCAGCGACAAUUGACAACAUUUUGCAAGAUAUUCGACGGCAGCGUAUUUUUAGCCAUAAGGUUGCAAGGCUGGUGUGUGUCUGUCUGAACAUAAUCAGCCAUGGCAUCAGCAAAUGUUACACUGGAAAAUCAGCUGCACAGUGCGCAGAAAAACCUGCUCUUCCUCCAGCAGGACCAUGCCAACACGUUGAAGGGGCUACACGCAGAGAUCCGCAGAUUACAACAGCAAUGCACAGAUCUGACCUAUGAGCUUACUGUGAGAAACUCUGAUCCCUCAGACAGCAGUGAGGCCCGCUGCAGGGAGCUGCAAAGGAGGUGUGAGGAGCUGGAGGCCCACCUCAAGAAGAAGGAGGAGGAGAACACAGAGCUGCUCAGGGACCUUGAGCAGAAGAACGCCAUGAUCUCCGUCCUGGAGAACACCAUUAAGGAGAGAGAGAAGAAGUACCUGGAGGAACUCAAGAUGAAGAGCCACAAGCUGGCCGUUUUGUCCGGCGAGCUGGAGCAGAGAGCGAGCACUAUUGCUUACCUCACCUCACAGCUUCACGCCACCAAGAAGAAGCUGUUAGCCGGCAGUUCAUCGGAGGCCAGCCCCAACGUCAGUCCGGUCACCUCGUACAAGCCCACGCCUCCGCCGGCCAAGGACAGGCAGCCCGAAACCCCACGGCGUCGCAUGAAGAAGAGUCUCUCCCAGCCUCUUCACCCAGAGUUAACAGAGGUGUAUCGGCUCGGCCCGGACGGUAGGCGGCUGGUUCUGCGGGAGACAGUAGACGCCAUGCCUGACCCCACACCCUUCCUUCAGGCUGGGAGAGACGCUCCCGAACCGCAGGUAGUGCGAGAACGGCCUGCCGUUAUCCCUCCUAUUGCCUCAGAGCGCUCCCCCGGGGCUCCCCUGGGUGCUACGGCCAGCCCUCGUCACAGCCCCGCUCGGGACCGUCAGUACAGGGCUCACGUGGGCGUGGCACACCGCAUCCCACAUGGCACCCCUCCCCUGGCUCCACCGCUAGCGGAGCUGGAGACACUGGCAGUGGACCAGGUCAAAGACGAAAAGGUUGUGCGGAAGCGCUCAGGAGCCGACAGGACAGUUUAACACUGCAACGCUAACAUGCACAUAAACGCACACACACAUCUACUGUAUACACAUACUGCAAGAGCAGGAAGGAGCCUGACCCACUGUGUAGCUUGCUUUUUACGCAACACUGCAAUAUGAAAAAAAAAGUACAUCAUUAUAAUUUUGUUCAUGGUAUCCCAUAAAGACUUGUGUCUUUCUUGAUCUACAUUAGAAAAGGACUACUAUAAAGCAUGCCAAAUGUUUCUUAUUUACAACCCAAUGAGAUCUUGUAUUAUACACAGCUUACUUAUUCCACAACGCUGUGGAGAUAGGUCUGGCAAUGCGAGACUAUACACACCUUGACUUUUUUGCUUAGACUUUCUCUUCAUUCUGUCUUAUGUGGUGCAUACAACGAAUCCUCAGCCAAAUAUCUGCAUCAGUGCCUGCUCGACCGGAUCAACCGUACACAAGCUGUGUAGUGUA